AUGGAGAAAUUGCCCCUUAGUUUCCUCUCUACCGGAAGCGGAAGCACGGACUUCAGCUUCCCUGACCUACUGGGCACUCACCGCACACCACUACGAAUGCCAGAUGAGAUUGUCGAGGAGAUCUUCCUCUGCGUCCCUCCCAACGACCACGAGUGCCUCCUCUGCGCUGCCCUCGUCUCCAAGCGUUGGGCCCGCCUCCUCGCGAGCUGCGGAUUCCACCACCGCUACCAUGAGCGCCACAGGACACCGCUGCUGCUAGGGUUCCUCGGCAACCACCUCAUCGACAACAGCGGCUACGCAUGCUUCAUCCCCACCCGCGCAUUCCGGUCGGCCUGGCCCGACCACCGCGACUACCGCGCGCAUGACGCCCGCCACGGCCGCAUCCUCCUCAACAGGAUCACUCGUGGCCGCUACCUGCUGCUGCGUGACCAGCCGGUGCGCAACUGGACCGCUGCAGUACUCUGCACCACUAUCAACGAUGGCGCCUGCAACAAACUAGGCUGCUAUCCUGGCCACUUCUGUGUCGUCUUCAUCGGCAUUGACGACAAGGAGAUAUUUGUCAGCGUGUACUCAUCAGAUUCCGCUGCACAGCUCACAUAUGAUCAUCUCAAUUGGGAGGUGCUCCCUGCUCUAGCAGGGAACACACUCUACUUCAUCUUUGAGAGGGGGAUCACAAUGCUCAAGUACAAUCUGGCCACAAGGGAUAUGUCUCUGAUCCCCCUACCAGCCACUCCCUUUUUUCGCCGCAUUGUGCCCAUGGCCAUGGACGACGGUGGGCUGGGGCUCGCAGAAGUGGACAUGCAGUCUAAUCUCAUACUCUGGUCAAUAGAGAUUGGUCCUGAUGGAAAUGCAGGAGGAUGGGUACUGAGUAGAGACAUUGAGCUCAAGACCCUGCUCCAUGCUCAUGCCCUCGUGCUCUUUGUGGUUGCCAUUGCAGAUGCCGUGGGUGUCGUCUUCAUGUAUACGGUUGAUGGGACCUACACUAUUGAUCUGAAGUCCUGGCAGGGCACCAAGGUUUUUAGUUAUAGUUGCUAUGACAUUAUCCCCUUCGUGAGCUUCUACACUCCAGGUGACGGCCUGUGGUCCAGGCCAAUGCUUGACAUCUAG